AUGUCUGCAGAGCCUCCCACCAUCACUGGAAUGACAUUAGAAAUCUCUCAUCUUCACCAGGCGAUUUUGAAAUGGAAGUCAGAGCAAGAGUCGCAAUUAAGUAAGGCUUACAAUGAGGCCAAAAAAGCGCAAGAUGAAAGAAAGUUCCUAAGUCAAGAAUACGAAUUGAAAAAUAAGCAACUAAAUGAAAAAUAUAGCACUUUGAUGAAAGGUAUGACUGAAGAUGCGCAUACAAAAGUCCAAGAGCUGUCUUCUAAGCUAAGCAAAGCUGAGAUGGCAUUAAGUGAAAGAGAUAGGGAAAUUGAGAUGCUGAAAGAGGAAGUGAAGGUGUCGAUAGGUUCGUCACAGGAAGCUCAAAGGUCAGCCAUUGAACUUGAAAGACAACUAACGACGUCUGAGAGAAAGCAGACUGAACUAUCGUCUGCGUGUGAACAGUUCAAAGAGCGAUUAAAGCACAAGGAAGAAAUAACUUUGGAAUUAGAAACAAAGCUUAAAGAACUUAAAGAAAAGUGUAAUAACUUUGAAUCGUCAGAAGUGGAAUCCAACAAGAAAGUGGCGGAGAUGGAAGGAGAAUUAAAAGCGAAAGCGGUCGUUUUGGAGCGAGUUCAGGAGUCGUUUGAAAAGUUGAAUGGAAUGGUGUUCGGUUCAUUCGAAGAGUUGGAGACCGAGUUAAAGACUCGAUUGGUGGAAAGGGAAAGGGGACUAGAAAAUCAAAGUGCGGAGAACAGAAGACUUGAAACAAAUAUCGUGGAAAUUCAGCAGCAAAAUAGAGAGUUAAAUAAUCAACUUGCGGAUGCAAAAACAAAAGCUGAGGAAAUGGAAAAUUCCAACAACCAAUUGCAAACCGUUCUUGAAGAUUUAAAGCUUCAGCUUAGUUCACAACAGCAACAAGAAGGGAGAUUUUUGUCAGAACUGAACGAAGUCUUGCAAAGUCACGAA